CGUGUGUGCUAAUCUAAAUGUAAUGUUUGUUUGUACAGCUGGUUAGUGUCAACAAAAUUUUGUUUAAAGGACAUUCUUAAUCAGUAUGAGCAUGUUCUUCGUACCGUACGUCCGGUGUACAUAUACGGAGUGUAUCAGUGCAUUAUAAAAACUUUGCAUUUCCCAACGCUAAAGCGUAACACCACCUGAAAAUAUAACCUCAUCCAUGCAUUGUGAUUUGUGAUUUAUUUUUAGACAUUAAUUUAGUACAUUGACGGCUUGCUGACGCUGUGAAUAAAACACGUGCUCCUAAACCUCCGUGAUCUUAUAAACAACUAGAUCAAAUUUAAGAAGUCAAAAAAUUAAUAACCAUGGAGGCUGCUUCAUUGAUCAUCCCGAAUCCUGACACGGAGCUGGCAUUAGAGCUGAGUGAGCAAGUGUUCCUAGAUGAAGAGGACUACUCCCGUGCCCCUGCCUCACCCACAACAGUGCCAAAUGUCCGGUCUUACCGUCCACCUUCGACAGUUGUCGUUUCUCCCGCCGGAAUAGUUAUAAGUUCUAACAUAGCGAAGUCACCGCGUGCACGCCGCGUGCGCACCGCGUCGAUGUCGCAGUCGACAAAGCGUACCGCGGCGGAGAGCAUACUGCACGCCGACAGACGCACCAUCUACACCGCCGGCCGCCCGCCCUGGUACAACUGUACGGGCGGCCAGGAGGUCGAGCCCUUCCUCAUAGGUAUCUGUGGCGCUAGUGCGUCAGGAAAAACUACAGUUGCCGCCAAAAUUAUUGAAUCUCUUAAUAUACCAUGGGUCACUAUUGUCAGUAUGGACUCCUUUUACAAAGUGUUGAAUGAGAAGCAGCACGUGGCCGCGGAACGCAACGAGUACAACUUCGACCAUCCGGACGCGUUCGAUAUGGAGCUGCUGGUGAAGGUGCUGCAGCGGCUGCGGGAGGGCAAGAAGGUCGAAGUGCCCAUAUACAACUACGUCACGCACUCCAGGGAGAGCCGCACUAAAACGAUGUACGGCGCGAACGUGAUAAUAUUCGAGGGUAUCCUGGCGUUCUACAACGCGGACGUGGUGCGAAUGUUGGACAUGAAGGUGUUCGUCGACACCGACGCUGACAUACGUCUCGCCAGGAGGCUCAGACGUGACAUAGUGCAGCGCGGGCGCGACCUGGAGGGCGUGCUGAAGCAGUACAUGACGUACGUGAAGCCCGCCUACCAGAACUACAUAGCGCCGUGCAUGGCGCACGCGGACAUCAUCGUGCCGCGCGGCGGAGAGAACAAGGUCGCCAUACAGCUCAUCGUGCAGCACGUGCACAAGCAGCUGCAGCUGCGCGGGUUCAAGGUGCGGGAGAAGCUGGCGGUGGCGCACAUCGGUCAGCCGCUGCCUGACUCCCUCUACGUGCUGAAGGACACGCCGCAAGUGCAAGGUCUGCACACGUUCAUCCGCAACAAGGACACGUCGCGGGACGAGUUCAUCUUCUACUCGAAGCGUCUGAUGCGGCUCGUGAUAGAGUUCGCGCUCUCCCUGCUGCCCUACUCGCAUCUGCACGUCGACACGCCGCAGGGAUUCAUAUACCAAGGUCGCAAAUGUGACGUGGAGAAGAUCUGCGGCGUGUCCAUCCUGCGCGCCGGCGAGACCAUGGAGCAGGCCGUGUGCGACGUCUGCAAAGACAUCCGCAUCGGCAAGAUCCUCAUACAGACCAACCAGCAGACUGACGAGCCCGAGCUGUACUAUUUGCGGCUGCCGAAGGACAUAAAGGAUUACCGCGUGAUCCUGAUGGACGCGACCGUGGCGACCGGAGCGGCCGCCAUCAUGGCCAUCCGCGUCCUGCUGGACCACGACGUGCCCGAACACAACAUCAGCCUCGUCUCACUCCUCAUGGCGGAGAUCGGAGUCCAUUCUAUAGCAUACGCCUUCCCACAGGUAAAAAUCGUAACAUCAGCGUUGGAUCCUGAGAUUAAUGAAAAGUUCUACGUACUGCCGGGUAUCGGCAACUUUGGUGACCGAUACUUUGGUACCGAGCCACCGUACGACGAGUGAGACGGCGAUAUACAGGUGUGGUGAGAGCGAGCGAGACGGAUAGCACGCCGGUGACGUCACAAGCUUCAGGUAUAUCGUACUCUUUUCGUGAAUUCCGCUAAAGGUAAUAAAAUAUUUUUUUAUCUCUGUCUUUUGGUUUGAGAAUGAAAGAGAUGGCAAUAUGUUUUUAUUUCCUUUACAAUUGAAUCACAAAUUUGAAUCUUUAUGGAUUUUAAGUCACAUGUAUUUAUUUAUGCCUCGAUGUUGGGCAAAUACUUUUUAGUAUUUUUAAUUUUU